AAAGGGGAAAGAAGAGGAGGGCAGAGUGAAUAUUACCCAUUGCCUCUCCCUCAAAUUUCUAGCAGCCAUAACUUGAAAUUCCAGUCACCAACUCCUCCUACUUUGAGCCUUGACUGUUGGGUUUGUCGUUUAGAGAGAAAUUAAGCCUUUAGAGAGAAAUCUAUGAGACCGAAUAGAAAUUCACCUUUUCCGUCGAAAUAAACGAACGAGCGUGACAAUGAAGGAUUUCAUCUUCAUCCUCAUUAUCUAAGCUUUCAAUAGAUACCAACUUAGGCCGUUUUCAAGUCCGAGGGGAGAGAAAUGAAUAAGGAAAAGCUUCCAUCUGGGUAAACUAGUGCUCAUUUGUGCACGUGGUGAGUGCCAACAGACUCAGGAUACAGGCGCAUCUGUGGUGGAGGUGCGUUGCCGGUCAGGGUUUCGGCAGCCACGCGUGGGUCCCACACACCACCUUGAAUGGUGGCGAUAGCUAGUACCUAAUUCUGAGCUAUUACCCUUUGUUGAUGGUCUAUCCUCUCACCAAGUUUCACUCAUCCUUUCUCCAACACACCAGUUUUGCAGGUAAUAUAAGGUGAUUGCUGAGUAUCAAUUUUUUGAUUUUAAAUGCUCUAAUUGGCUAGACUCCACGAUCCUGGGAAGCAAGAGAUGAGUUUUUAGUAGGGAGAAGGGCAUUACAUAUAUACUAGCUAGUGACUCAAAACAUUUCCAAAUCUGUUUUAGCAUGGCAUCAAGUUCAUCAAUCUCAGUGUUAUUCUUCUUAUCAGUAAUUCUAACACUAAUUUUGGGUUCUGAUGCUGGUGGAAUAGCAAUCUACUGGGGCCAGAAUGUAAAUGAGGGGACCUUAGCCGAGACUUGUGCCACAGGAAAUUAUGAAUUUGUAAAUAUAGCUUUCCUGCCUACUUUUGGCAAUGGUACGACUCCUAUGAUCAACCUCGCUGGCCAUUGUGAUCCAUACAGCAAUGGUUGCACAGGCUUAAGCUCUGACAUUAAAUCAUGUCAAGCCAAAGGCAUCAAGGUGAUGCUUUCUAUCGGUGGAGGAUUUGUGAAUUACCAUCUUACAUCUGUGGAGGAUGCCAGGCAUGUUGCUACUUAUCUUUGGAAUAACUUUUUACGUGGUGAAUCUUCUUCUCGCCCACUUGGACCAGCUGUUCUAGAUGGGAUUGAUUUCGUCAUUGCAGGAGGAACAAACCAACACUGGGAUGAUCUGGCAAGGUUCCUUUCAGCAUAUAGCAGGAAAGGUAAAAAAGUAUGCUUAACUGCAGCUCCCCAGUGCCCAUUUCCUGAUGUUUGGGUAGGAAAUGCCCUUAGGACAGGUCUUUUUGACUAUGUUUGGGUUCAAUUCUAUAACAAUCCUCCCUGCCAAUGCUCCUCUGAAAGCAUUACCAAUCUUGAAGAGGCAUGGAAGCAAUGGACUUCAAGUAUUCCUGCUAACAAGAUUUUCUUGGGAUUACCCGCUGCUCCUGAGGCAGCUAUAGGUGGGUUCAUCCCUGCAACUGAUCUCACUUCAAAAGUUCUUGUUGCUAUCAAGGGUUCUGCUAAGUAUGGAGGAGUUAUGCUGUGGUCGAGGUUUUAUGAUCAAGUUGGUUAUAGCAAGGCCAUCAAGGGCUCUGUCUAAAUGCCUUCUUCACAGCUUUGCGUGAAUAAAUCCCUGUCAUGGGAAUUGACAUACAUAAGUAUACAUCUUUACCUGUAAUAUGUAUGUAAAGAUGUAAAUAUAUGCAGAUUUGUUUGUUCUUGAUUUAUGAUCUCUUCAUUUUCUGUC